AAGAGGGAGAGCCGAUGUGACUCAUUUGUGUUUCCCGGAAAAACAGGCAAGGCAAGGGAAGAGCCCAAACAGCGACGCCUCUCUCAUCCCACAAAAACCUCAAACUUGCAAUUUUCUGAUCGAAUUAUUAUGAUAUUAUGCAGAUGGAGAUGCAAAGGCAAAGGGUCAAUGGCAAUUGUAAGUAUAGUCAAUUUUGUAACGAUUUUGACAAUGGAGAAGGGGAGAAGCUCCUUGAUCCACCCACCAUCUGCUGCAAUGGUGAUGCUCAUCAACACAAUAAUAAUGAUGAUAAUUCUUUUCUAAUCUCAUCCACAAAUAUUUACCCCUUCCCCUUUUCAUCUUCGUCAACCUCGACCACAACCACAGCUCCUCCUGGUGGUCUUGGCUUCAUUCACCACCCCGUUUCCAGGUUGGAUACUCUUGCCGGCGUCGCCAUCAAGUAUGGUGUUGAGGUUACCGACAUUAAAAAAAUGAAUGGCCUGGUCACAGAUCUUCAAAUGUUUGCUCUCAAGUCACUCCAGAUUCCGCUGCCUGGAAGGCAUCCACCCUCUCCUUGCUUAUCGAAUGGUUCUGAUACUUCAAGACACUGUAGUUCUCAGCAGACUUCACCCUGUCUGGAUCUCAUUGACACUUUCAAAUCCUUGAGUCUCAAGUCUUCACAGCGGAAGGUUUCUCCAGCCAUGAGUUCUUUGCAAGGUUAUUAUGGGCUUAAGCCAAUAGCAGAUCAAAAGAUUUCUCAAGGUUCUAAAAUGGAAGAUGUUCAACACCUUAGACGUUCACCAGCUUCCAAUACACCUUUGAGCCAUCAUAGGAAAUCUAGGAGCUUCAUUAAUGGUUUACAAAAUGAGAAUGAUGAGGUGGCUGAUAACCAACUUCUUGAGAUGAGGGAAUCUGACUCAGAGAAAUGGAAUGAGAAAUUGGUUAGAAGGCGUUCCAGCCAACCUGAAAUGCUGAUGAUGGAGGAGAGCAGUGGGGCUGCAAGUUCAGCAAUCACAGGAAAGAGCUUAGCUCUGAGAUCCAAGGCAGCUAGUAGAACUGUAUUGCCAGUUGAUAGGGAAGCAAGUGGUUUAACACCUGUACCUAUUGAUUCUCUUGCUGCAGGUGGAUUUUCUAGUGUAAGGAAGUCAUCAAGCACAUCAAACUUGCAUGAUCAGGACAAUAGCAGUUCUUCCAUCUGGCCAACAUCCAAGUGGAGUUUAAAGCCAGAUUUACAGGCCCUUUCAGCUGCAGCUAUUGGAAGACCAUUCUUUGAUGGACUGCCAAAACCAAUAACUGGUCGAAGAAACAAAGCAGCACUUGAUUAGCUACAUUCAAUUAUGUUGAGUAUACUCAUUGAUUAUGACACACAUUUCUGCAGGUAAUUUAUAGCUAGUUCUCAAAGGGUAAAUAGAAAAUAGACCGGGAAAAUGUCAAGUAAAAUGAUAGUUCACCAUAGUAUGUAUUCAUAUAUAUUCAAUUUGCACCAUCUAUUGUUUUGUUCUACAGUCAAAACUGCCCAAGACCUUAUCCCUUUUUUUCCAUCUUUCCCAAAGGAGUAAGCAUGUCUUGCGAGCAGUAUCAUUUUAGAUCAUUGCCUUUGCACUAGUCAAUUUUAUCCUGUAUCUAUGUCCAAAUGGUUCAUUUAAAAAUGGAUAUGAAAUUCACUCA